CAAGCAGAAGCUAUGAUAGCUACUGGUGGAGUCAUCACCGGCCUGGCGGCCCUGAAGCGCCAGGACUCUGCAAGGUCCCAGCAACACAUCAACCUCAGCCCGUUACCUGCUCCCCAGGACCAGAAACCCGUCAGACGGCGCCCACGAGCUGACGUCGUGGUGGUUCGUGGAAAAAUCCGGCUUUAUUCUCCAUCUGGCUUUUUCCUCAUUCUGGGAGUGCUGGUGUCUAUCAUAGGAAUCGUCAUGGCAGUCCUUGGAUACUGGCCCCAGAAGGAGCAUUUCAUCGACGCGGAGACCACGCUGUCCACCAAUGAGACGCAGGUGGUUCGGAACCAGGGCGGUGUGGUGGUGCGCUUCUUUGAGCAGCAUCUGCACUCUGAUAAGAUGAAGAUGCUUGGCCCGUUCACCAUGGGCAUCGGCAUCUUCAUCUUCAUCUGUGCCAACGCCAUCCUUCACGAGAACCGCGACAAAGAAACCAAAAUUAUCCACAUGAGGGAUAUCUACUCCACGGUCAUUGACAUCCACACGCUGAGACUCAAGGAGCAGAAACAAGCGAACGGCCUGUACACGGGCUUGCUGGGCGACGCAGAGGUAAAACAGAACGGCAGCCCCUGUGCAUCCAGGCUGGCUGCCACCACCUUGGCCUCUUUCUCAGGGAUGCGGAACAGCUUUCGGGUGGACAGCUCUGUGGAGGAGGAUGAGCUCAUGUUGAGUGAAAAUAAGAGCCCGGGGCACCUCAUGCCCCCUGUGCUAUCUGGCAGUGCAGUCUCUGUCUUUGGCCUUUAUCCACCUCCAUCCAAGACAACCGAUGACAAGGCCAGCAGUUCUAAGAAAUGUGACACCAAAUCGAUCGUGUCGUCAUCCAUCAGUGCUUUUACGCUGCCUGUGAUCAAACUGAAUAACUGUGUCAUUGACGAGCCCAGUAUAGACAGCAUCACUGAGGUCGCAGACAACCUCAAAAGCAGGUCCAGGAAUCUUUCAAUGGACUCCCUUGUGGUCCCACUGCCCAGCUGUGGCGAGUCCUUCCAGCCCGCCAGCACAUUACUGCCCAGGAACAAUUCCGUUGGGGAGUCGCUAUCGAGUCAGUACAAGUCCUCCGUGGCCCUGGGACCUGGGACUGGACAACUCUUGUCACCUGGGGCUGCUAGAAGACAGUUUGGAUCCAACACCUCCUUACAUUUGCUCACUUCUCACUCCAAAUCCCUGGACUUAGACCGCGGUCCUUCUACCCUGACUGUGCAGGCAGAACAACGGAAGCACCCCAGUUGGCCUCGGUUGGAUCGGAGCAACAGCAAAGGGUACAUGAAAUUGGAGAACAAAGAGGAUCCAAUGGACCGGCUUCUGGUUCCCCAAACAGCGAUCAAAAAGGACUUUACGAAUAAAGAGAAACUUCUAAUGAUAUCAAGAUCUCACAACAACCUGAGCUUUGAACACGAUGAGUUUUUGAGUAACAACUUGAAGCGAGGAACUUCGGAAACAAGGUUUUAGUGUUUAAAAAUAGAUCAUUUCCCAUGGAGAUAUGCACUAUUUUUUCACCAGUGUUUUCCUUCUUAAAGCAUUGGUUGUAAGCCUUUUAAAAUCAAACGGUAGUGUGUUAGAAGUGGCUGGUUAGUUCUGUAAUGAAGAUGGCUGUGUGUAUGGGUUCCUCUUCCUGGCAGUACUGUAGAUUAUUAUCAUGUGGGAUACUGUUUUCUCACUCUUUGAAAGCAUGGUUUCUUUUGUAGAUGUGAAUACAAAAUACCUGCAUUCAUGUUAAGAACUUGGCUUCACUUUCUAAUCCUGUCACCGAUUAUCAUCUUCAUGGAAUGGAGCGGCCAGUAUGAAAAGUGUAGGGUACCAAAGUGUGGGCAGAAGUGUUAAAUUCGGGUCCAUUAGUCAAUAGAAGUAUUUAUAAAUGAGUGUGAGUGCAAUCUUGAG